UAUCGAUCAUAUCACGGAGCGUACCUGAGCCUAAAUUUGGAAAUGUAUCGCAUUAACAAAGAUGUGAAGGACAUCAUUUAUUUAUCAUUCUUUGGAAAUACGUAUUUGUCUGGUGAAACAAAUGUCUUAUUUUUGAUAAAAAAAAUAGGGGAAAAUGAUGCUGAAAGAGUAGGCCCGUAAAUUCACACUGAUUUCAAACAGUAACAUUUAAAAGAGGAGUCAUUAAUCAAAAACCGUUUUAAGCUUUUGCGUGUUUGUGUGUUAUUAUAUCUUUACUGGAUCUUAAACAUGUUAAUUAUGACAACAUACACUUUGUUUAUGUUAUUACUUUUCUCCAGCGUAGCUAUCUGUGAAAAUCUAAAAAUAGGACUUCUUCUUACUGCACGUGCACCUUCUCCAGGGUUUCCGACCAUUCUCACGUCCGGUGGCGCGGUUCAACUUGCUGUAGAUGAAAUUAACCGCCGGUAUAAUAUUUCCGUGGAAUUAAUUUGGAACAAUACCGACUGUGACGUGACGCGAGCCCUUCUGACCGGAUACGAACAAGGGACAAAGGACAAUGUCGAUGUGAUUGUUGGUCCCGCUUGUAGAAAAUCUAUGGACCUCGUCACGAAGCUGAUGUCAGUUUUAAGAGGAGGACCUGUACCAACAUUCACCUGGUUACCAAGGAGACAAAGUUCAUCAUUCCCUAACGACACUGUCAUUAGCACUUACCCUUCAUUCGAAACAAACGCUAACUCUCUAGUUGCUCUUCUCAAACAUUUUUCAUGGAAGAAAAUAGGGAUAAUUGCUAGUAAGGACGAAGUUUGUGUCUCUCUCGUAGAGACAGUAAACGAUUUGUUCCCAAAUAAAGACCUGAGCAUUGUCCGACUUCACUUCAUGGAGACCUUUACACAACAGAAUAUAGCAAGCAAUAUAACAGAGGUCAAGGACCAUGCACGAGUGAUCGUAUUGUGUAUGAAGCCAGAAUACGUGCUGCAGUUUCUAGUUGAAGCAGGGGCUCUAGGGUUUACCUCGAAGGAGUUCGUGUUUAUAUACUGUAGGUUCGGUCCAUCAUCAGAGACGGGGCUUAUCCAGAAAGGUGUCGCUGAAGAAAUAUUUAAACCACUUUUACAGAUUGGUCAUAUGUUAACGGAUACAGCGCUGGUCAAGAACUUCUCGAAAAUGGCGAAACAAAGAGGUUUCGAUGGCGCACCGGCUUGCUGUAAUGGGAUUGACGAGUUUUCAAUGUCUAUAUACGACACGCUUCUGCUGACCGCAGACAUCUUCAACAGCUCUCGAACAUUUAACUUCUCAGCUAUUGCUAAUGCAAGGAGUAUUCAAACACAAUCGGGAACAGUAAUGAUAGACCCGUCUGGUAAAAUAAAUCGAAGUGUAACUGUCGCAUACUUUCAAAAUGGAAGGUUUGAAACUGUGGCAACAGUUACAGAUACAUUUCAAAAAAUAAAAGACAUCAAAUGGCCCGGUGGAAUGAUACCUGCCGAUUCACCAAACUGUGGGUGGAAGGGAGACCAGUGUUCUACGGGAGAUUCCGGAAGUAACAAGAAUUCGGUGAUAAUUGGCAGUUGUGUGUCCCUUGCCGUUAUUUUGAUAAUUGGCGGUGUACUUUAUGUCUGUUACAGAAAAUCAAAGUUUGAAAAGGACUUGUUAAAUAUGAUAUGGAAAGUAAACAAUAAUGAAAUCAAGUUGAGACGACCCCGUGCCCAAACACAAAAUUCUCUACAUGAUAGGGUGAACUCUACACAUCAUAAAAAGACUCUUACACGAAUGGAUACUCGAGGGACAUUGGGUCUCGGUUCAACAAGCAGCAUUGACAAGACAAUCCUGUUUGCACCGGUUGGAAAUUAUAAAGGUUCGAUCGUGGCAGUGAAAAACAUACAACGUCGGUCUAUUCAGCUUAACAGAGAAAUGUUGAGAGAUCUAAAAGGCUUGCGGGAACUUCAGCAUGAAAAUUUAAACCCGUUUAUUGGAGUGAGCCUAGAGCCCGGAAACAGCUAUAUUCUAAUGAAAUAUUGCUCAAAGGGCAGUUUACAGGAUGUGUUGGAAAAUGAUGACAUCAAAUUAGACAACAUGUUUAAAAUGUCCUUUCUCAUGGACUUGGGGAGAGGUCUGGAGUUUCUGCACAAAAGUCCUAUAAAAUCUCAUGGAAACUUAAAGUCGAGUAAUUGUGUGAUAGACAGUAGGUGGGUGUUGAAGUUGACAGACUAUGGUGCUCUGUGUAUACCAACAGAUACUGAACCUAGCGAGAACGAAGAAGAUAACGAAUAUUAUUCAAAACUGUUAUGGACAGCGCCAGAACUAUUAAGACUGCAAAGGCGUCCGCCAAAGGGUACACAGAAAGGAGAUAUAUACAGUUUUGCAAUCAUUCUACACGAAAUAAUGCAUAGAUGUUCACCCUUUUAUUUCAACAAUGCCCCUUCCAGUAAAAGUAUUAUUGAGAGGGUAAGGAACGUUGAAGAGCCCGCGUACCGUCCCAGGAGCACGGAAGAUGUGGAGGAGCAAGAUAAGAUGGUAGGUGUGAUGACCUGUUGCUGGCAGGAAUGUCCACAACUUAGACCUGACAUGCACUCUCUACUCAAAAUACUCAUUGAUAUCAACGGGAAAAGGAAAAUAAACAUAAUGGACAAUAUGAUCAAGAUGUUAGAAGCUUACAGUAAUAACCUUGAAGAGCUUGUCGCUAACAGAACGGAAGAACUAGACCAAGAAAAACAGAAAACCGAUAGAUUAUUAUAUCAAAUGUUACCGCCGCUGGCGGCUGAACAGUUAAAGCGUGGAGAGCAUGUCGUACCAGAGACGUUCUCUGAGGUCUCUAUAUUCUUCUCUGAUAUAGUCGGCUUUACAAGUCUCUCCGGAGCAAGUACCCCUCUACAGGUCAUUGAUCUGCUGAAUGACUUGUACACAACAUUUGAUGAGAUAAUCGGCAGACAUGAUGUUUAUAAGGUUGAGACAAUCGGUGAUGCAUACAUGGUAUCAAGUGGUAUACCCAGACGUAACGGCAAACGUCACUCUGGCGAAAUAGCUAACAUGGCACUCGACCUUCUGAGUGCAGUUACCAGCUUUCGAAUACGUCACAUUCCUGAGGCAAAAUUGCAGCUGCGCAUAGGUUUACAUACAGGUCACUGUGCUGCAGGUGUUGUUGGUCUUACUAUGCCGAGGUAUUGCCUUUUUGGGGAUACUGUUAACAUGGCAUCUAGAAUGGAAUCAACUGGAAAAGCAUUACAUAUUCACGUAAGCAACGACUUUGCAGAUGCAGUGAAGGAUUUAUAUUGGGGAUUUCUGUUGCUGGAAAGAGGUGUCAUUGAGGUCAAGGGGAAAGGCCUUCAGAAAACGUAUUGGCUUAUUGGAAAAGAAGGAUAUACGUCUCCGUUGCCACAAGAAAUGCAGAGACUGCGAGAAAAGUACAAUGACUCUAUUGAAAGAGGACGUCCUCUGUCACCAACGGACACACAUAUAUCUAACGGAAGUCAACAAGAAAGCACGAGUAUGUAUGGAAACGCUUUUAGACGAGCUUCGAUUGCAAUAAAAUUCCUACGAACAAUUUCGCAACAUUCAAGUCCGAACGGAAGUAAAGCAACAAUGUGCGACUUUGAUAUUGACAAUGAUAACGACUUAGAUGCUAACACUGUGAAUAUUGCAAGCAAUGAGUUGAAACUUCCCACAUGUUUACCGGCAGUAUGCCACUCUGCAGAAGAUAAUGAUACGUCUGGUGGCUCAACUUCAAGUCGUAAGAGAAAGAAGAAAAAGAAACACAGACAUAAAAACAAAGACAAGGAACUUCUCAAUUACCUGAAUAUUCCAACCAUAGAAAUUACUUCCCAGCAAACUUAAAGGCCAAGUGUUUUAUCCAACUAUUUUAACAUUUACUAUGCAAUAAAAACAUUUAUAAUUGAUAAGACAAGACGCUCGAUGUUUUGUGUAAUUCUGCACAGGCCAAUUUUCCAGAAAACCAUCUUUCACUUGUGAUAAGUAUUUUAACAUCAGUAUGUAUGUAAGUUUUGUUUAUCGUAUUUUAUCGCAUCAACGUUUCGGCAGAGACACGUUCAUCAGGAUAGUUCACAUAUAAAUAUAUUUUUACAAUAUGAUUUACUUAAAAUUCAUUGGAGAUGUAUUACCAUUAUCGUUAUAUUUAGUUACUUUUAUAUUUUUUCCCCUUUAUCGAAAGAUUAAUAACGCACAGAAUGCAGUAUUUUGCUAAUUAGGAGUUUAGCACCUAAUUAUGCAAAACUACAUUGUUUUUUUUUUCAGAAAGCAUUGAACAAACAUAAAUCAAGCUAACCAUCUGUCUAAAUAUGUACACUAUUAAAAUCUAAUCACAAAAUGAAACUACUUUGUUUGCUUUCAUAUUUCAAUAUAUUCUUUCAUAUUUCUUCAGUUGAAAAAUUCACUACAUAUGAAGUAAAAGGUGAGCAGUUUUUCUUAAAGCCUGCUAACCAUUGCUGACAUAAUAAAAGACAGCAAGUUCUGCAUGUCCGUGUAAGAAUUAUCAACCAUUAUUGUAUACUGGUUAUUUUGUUAAAAUGUAUGGUCAGUAAUAAUAAAUUCUUUAAAUGAAAUCAUCAUAUUCUUAACAUUUACUUUGUAUUACAUUUAAUAAAUGUAAAAUGUG